UAUUGCAGUUGUGAGUAGGAGAGAGACGGGCAAGCUAAUGCCAGGGAUUAAGGACUCUCGUGUUUGGCAAAGGUAAUGGAGAAAAACAAUAAUAAGCUCGUGCAUUGAGCGUUUACGCAGGCAGACUCUUUCCAUCGGUCGGUCAAACAUUUAAAAUCCGAGCAAACACGCCUGCGAAUAAUUCGAGAUCCCAGCAGCCGUAAAAUCGGGUCGAUGAGGCGACCUUGGCCCUCGACGCCAGGAUCUUGCCGCAAUGCCGAUCUCCCCGACGUCGACGCUGCAGAAGGGCUUGCUGAUGCUGAGCCUCGUCGUCGCAUUGCUGUUCCUCUGCGCCCUUGGACGACGUCGUCUCGAGAGCUCGAAGGCACGCAGCGGCCUCAUCGUCGAGAUCCUCGCGAACGUGAGCGAGGGCCUCGAUCGCCUGGAGGUGGGCCUCGAAGACAUCUCGAAGCGCGCCUCCGCUGCUAAAGCGAGGCUACGACGACUGGUGGCCACCCGGAGGAGGCAGAACCUCCUCGCGUGCGCUCUUUUGCAGCGUAAGAGCAGCAACUCGAAAAGCUCGACGACCAGCACCGUAGCCAGCUCCAACCGACGAUAAAUCAUG